AACAAAACGUUAUUAAGCAAAAUAGAAAGAACAAAAGACUGAAGAAAGUGUAAAUUAAAUUUUGAAUUAAUUUUGUUUUAAAUAAAAUACAUUUGUGAAUGCGUUUAAAAGAGAUAUUUACUUAUUGAACUUAACCUCUAUAUCAGAACUGAAUAUCAAAAUAAGAGAUAAAUAUCAAAAGGAAAUUAUAUAUAUUCUGUUAAUAAAAAUCAUAUCAAGAGAUAAAUAUAACAGAUUUGUAAAUAUAAUGUGAAAUAUAAUUAAAAACAUAUUCAACAAUUUACGAACAAUGGCGCUUGUUUAAAUUUAAAUAUUUAAAUAAAUUUUAAUUAAUAUUUAUUACUUUUAAAUGAUAAUAACGAUUGCAAACUCAUUAGAGAGAGAAAAAAGUGUAAUUUUAAAAAUUAUUCCCAAUGAAAAAAAAAAGGGUAAAUUAUAUUCAUUGUAUUAAAAAGGAAAACCUGUAUACAAAAUACAAUAUACCAUUUAUGGUGUAAAAUAUAAUAUACACAAAAUAUAAUAGACAUAACCUACAUUUUUGACAUUCUUUUAAACAUUCUCUUCAGUAGAAAGAGUAGAAACGUCAGUCAAGGUCACUGACCUUGUUCAUGUUUCUUGAGGCUUGAAAAGAAAUAUCCAGCUGAAAGUUUUACACACCAGUUCAACAUUGACUUCAUUCGAAGAAUCAAAAACACGUCUCUAGUUUUCGGGGGUUUUUUUUUUUAGAAAGGAUUUUUUAAAAUUAUUUUUCCUGUGAAAUAAAUGUGUUUUUAUGGAGAAAUAACAAAAAAACAAUGAGUGACAAAAAUUUGGAAUUUGUAAUGAAAAGUUUGCUUGCUGGCGGAGUAGCUGGUAUGUGUUCGAAAACAACAGUGGCACCACUCGAUAGGAUAAAAAUUUUAUUACAAGCACAUAAUUCACAUUAUAAACAUUUAGGAGUUUUCUCAGGACUGAGAGAAAUUAUUCAUAAAGAAACUUUUAUUGCACUCUAUAAAGGGAAUUUUGCGCAAAUGAUUAGAAUUUUCCCAUAUGCAGCUGCACAAUUCACAUCAUUUGAAUUUUAUAAAAAGUAUUUAGAAACAAUAUUUGGAAGUAAAAAUCAAUUUGACAAAUUCAUAGCCGGAUCUGGAGCGGGAAUAACGGCUGUUGCUUUAACUUAUCCUCUUGAUACAAUUAGGGCACGAUUAGCUUUUCAAGUAACUGGCGAACAUGUUUAUUCGGGUAUUACACAUACGGCAGUUACAAUAUUCAAAGAGGAAGGAGGGGCAAAAGGUCUUUAUAGAGGAUUUUUACCCACAAUUUGUGGAAUGAUACCCUAUGCGGGAUUUUCAUUUUACAGUUUUGAACAACUUAAAUAUUUAUGUAUGAAAUAUGCACCAACUUAUUUUUGUGAUGAAUGUAACACGAAUACUGGUGGAUUGGUUUUAAAAUUACCGGCAAAAUUAUUGUGUGGUGGAAUUGCAGGUGCAAUUGCACAAAGUUUCUCUUAUCCUCUAGACGUUACUCGCAGACGAAUGCAGUUGGCGAUGAUGAAUCCAGAAACACACAAAUACGGAUCCGGCAUGUUAUCAACGAUGAAGAUUAUUUACCUUGAAAAUGGAUUGACAAAAGGUCUUUAUCGAGGAAUGUCGAUAAAUUAUCUUCGUGCAAUUCCGAUGGUGGCAGUGAGUUUCACAACUUAUGAAGUAAUGAAGCAAUUACUUCACUUAGAUACAGGAAUGAAAAUUUAAUUAGCAUAACAAAAAAAAGAGAAGAAAAAAAAUUAGACAUUUUAAAGGAACUGCUUUUUUUUUGCAGUAUCAUACAAUUUUUAAAAGGACCAUAGUAAAUAUUUUCACAAAAUGUACAUAUAAAAUAAUUUUUUUUAAACUUCAAUAUCAAUUUUUAAAAUACGAGGUUAACUAUUUUUUUAUGCAGAAAUUUUUUAAUAAUGAAAUUAUUGAUUAAAAAUGUUUAUUUUUCUUUCUUUUUUAGAGAUGAAAUGAUAAUUUUUUUUUAAAUAUUAUCAUAAUCACGAGGCUCUUAAAAUUUGUUUGGUACAAUAUUAUUAAUUUUUAAUUGUUAUUUAGUAAAUAAUAAUUAACACGUCUCAGGAAAAUUGUUAUUAAAAGAAAACUUUAACAUUGUUAUUAUAAUUAUUAUUACUAUUAUUGAAAUAACAAUAAUUAUUCUAAUUGUUAUUUAAUAAUGGUAAAUAUAAUAAUUAUUCAAAAAAAAAAUAGUACAAUUCUUCAUUAAUUAUUCAAUAUUAGUACAAUUUUUCAUUUAAUAAUUAGAUAAUAGUGUAUAUAAAAUACAUCAAUUAAUUAUUUAAUGAUAUGUACUCGCAAAACAAUUUUUAAACAAAAAAAUUUACUAGAACAUCUAAAACUUUUUCUUUUUAAAUUCUCAAAAUUCUUAGAUACUACAGUAAAAAUUUUUAGUCGUUUUAUAUUGAAAAAAAUUUUUUGCGUGUAGAAUAAUUAAUUGAUAAAAUUGACUGAAAGGAUAAUCAAAAUAAGAAUUAUAAACAAAAACUUGUAUAUCAAAUAGAAUAUCAAAAAAAAAAAAAAAAAAAAAAAAACUAUUUUAUCGUGUAAAAGAAUUUCUAUAUUUUUUAUAUAUUUUUCUAUCACUAUAAAUAUACUAGAUAUUUGUGUAAUAAUGGGCCAGUUAUUAAAAAUCAUUGAAAUUGCGCAACAAAAAACGUGUAUAGAUUCUGAUGUCACCAGAUUUUAUCUGCGAUAAGUCAAAGGUGACAAAUAAGUUAAAAAAAAUCGAUAAAACAUUUUUUUCGAAAAUUUUUACGUGAAAAUAUCAUGGCAAUUUUUCUAUAAAUAAUUUUUUAAUUAUUAUUUUUUUUUUUAAAAAAGUGAAAAAUAACUCUGUACAAUCGAAAUAAAAUAUUUUCAGAA